AUGGCACAUAUCGUUACCAGAAAGUUACCAUCUUUAGUUAAGUUAUACGCUCAGAUAAUAGACUCGGAACUGACCGCGAAGCUGUUAGGUCGUGGUGUGGCGGUAUCACCUGUAGUAACUGUAGAACCCAGAAGAAGGAAAUUCCAUAAAGCCAUAACCCUCAGUAUGCCAGCUCCUCGUCCCCACACACAGGGGAUGACGAACCAAUACAGUACAUCAUCAGCCCCAACUCUUAGACUCCUCUGUUCCAUAUCAGGAGGAACUAACCGCGCUCAUUGGGAGGAUGUUACUGAAAAUACUCCGUUGACCUUUGUAAACGAUUGUGUUUCGUUCACGACAACUGUAUCCGCUCGGUAUUGGCUCAUUGAUUGCCGACAUAUCGAAGACGCGACUAAAAUGGCUACUGAAUUAUACAGGGAAGCUAUCCAUGUACCUUUCAUGGCACGUUUCGUGGUUUACGCUAAACGUACAGAUGAGUGUCAGGCUCAAUUGCGUAUGUUCUGUGUAACUGAUGACAAAGAAGAUAAGGCCUUGGAGAGAAUCGAAAGAUUCAUACAAGUUGCCAAGAGUCGCGAUGUUGAGGUGCACGAAGGAAAGCCUGUAUAUCUUGAAUUUGGUGGAAACCUGGUACCAGUGGCAAAAUCUGGAGAGCAACUGUCAAUACCUUUCCGAGCGUUCCGCGAGAAUAGAGUCGCUUUCCCAGUAAUGAUUAAGACGCAAGAUUUAGAGCCAAUGUGCCGAUGUCAAUUCAUGAGAGAUCCAAAAGUUCCAAAAGGAGAGCCUUCACCGACGCCGAUUGCGGUUCUAAACAUUAUGGUACCAGACGAUUUACUGGUGGAACGAACUUCCCCUUUACCUGCAGAUAUGAUGCCUCGACGUACAGAGGAACAGGAAUUAAUUUGGCGACAGCGGCUUAGUGAUCCAAGAUUGGAAGAUAUUUGUAAUUUGCUCGGUAAAGAUUGGGUGGCUUUGGCUUAUGAGUUAGGAGUGAGUGUUGCGACUGUGAAUCAAAUACAAGCGAAGAGAAUAACAGCAGCUGAACAGGCUCAGUUAAUGCUUAAACUCUGGAAGACUCAAUCUGGAACUAAAGCACAAGACAAUUCCUUGGAGCUUGCAUUAUGUCGUAUCGGAAGGGACGAUAUUAUUGCUCCGCAAUCGGAACUGACAAAUGAGAGACGUAUUCAAAGAAAUAUAUAUCAAGAGAGACAAGAAUCAGAGGAAAUUGAAGCUUAUAAAGCUGAGGAGGAUAACAAGCUCAAGGAGAAUGUUUAUGAUGAUAACGAAAUCGAAGAACGUACUCGUACAGAGGAUCUAGAUCAAGACGAAGCUAAAUAUUCUCCGGAAGAAAAAUCUGUUUUAGACAAAAGCGAAAUGGAUAGAACACCUACACCCAGCGAAGAAAGUGAGGAAGACGAAGAUAUAAAACGUAGUGUAGCUGAGAGGAAAGAACAGAUAACAAGAAAACUCAGUUGCAGUAAGGUACCAUCAUCUAAACAAAAGAAAGAGUUACGCGAAGAGAUAAUCGAGAUAAAAACUCAAAUUAAACCGGAUAUAAAGAAGUUUCAAGAUAUUGAACAACAGGUAAAAGCAGAAUCAAGAUUAGAACAAAGUCGUACAAAAGCUUCAGCGGAAACUGUUGAAGUUGAAGAUGUCAAAGAUUUACAGAAGGAACAAGCCGUCAAAGAGAAGAAAGAAGAGAUAAAACAAGAACAAUUCAGAAAAUUUGAUCCUUCGUCACCCGCUAAGCCCACACCAAAGCAUUUACAACGACAUAUGCGUAACGAAUCUAUGAGAUUUCCUUCUGGUGAUUUCUCAAAUGUCACAAUCACUCCUAAGAAAUCUACCUUAGUUGAAACACACCAAACGACGGAAACUAAACAAACUACUGAAAUAAAAAUUGAUACAUUUACUAAGGAAGCGAUAUCACAAAAAGAAAAAGAUAGUGCGAGGGUAGAAGAAAAAUUAGACGAUGGCGAUAGAUCACCUGAAUUAAUAACUGAUGAAAAUAAAGACAUUGCUGAAGCUACUCUUAAAGAUAAAAUAAAUGCAUUUGAAACGAAAAUAUCAAAGGAACCAACCGAAGCAUCUAAACAAAUCAAACUCACCAAAGAAGCUUUAAAAAGGCACACACAAGAACAAGAACAGAGUUUGGAAUACACUCAAGCCUUUGUCCGAGAACAGUCAAAGCAGAUAACUAAUAUUGAAAGUCAAAAAAUUGUUACUGAAUCGGAAAAACAAAUAGAAUCUGUCAAGUCAGUUAAAGAAACAGUACAACAAUUUGAUUCAAAAGUUAAACACGAAGAAAAACCAAAACAGUUCCCUAAAACUAUGAGAACUGAUUCCACUUUAGUUCAAGUAUCGUCUGAAGAAGAUAGUGAAUUUUUGAAAAAAUCAACGGAUUCAGAAACUGAAACUGAGUCACAGACGACAAUAAAAGUUGAAAAAGAUAAAAUAUCAAAAUUUGACAUUACGAAACAUACCUUUGAAAGAAAAAUAGAUAUUAGGGAUCAAUUUGAUACCAGGUCUAAACCAGAUGACAAGGAUAAACAAAAAAAAGCUGAUGAUGUUAAAAAAACUAUUGAAAUAGUUCCAAUAGUAGAACAAGUAAUUGGAAAACCAAUCAAAGAUGAGUUAAGCAUGAAAAUAAGCGAUGAGCAAAUGACCAAAACUGUUGAAACUCAACACUCAGUGGCCAGCACAAAAUCUGAUAUAAGCAAACAUACUAAAACCGAUUCAGUUGGAUCAGAUAUACAAGAUAUUCCAAGUCGAAAAAUUUCUCAAGAAUCUCCGUUGCCGUCUGGUAUCGACAAAACUGAUUCAUUAGCUGACUUACAACAGAGCACAGAAAGAGACGUCAGUUUUGUAUCUCAAACUGAGUCUAAGGUCUACUCAAAGGAUUCCAAACAUAGAAGUGAUUCGUUAGACGAAGCUUCACAGUUCUCCGAUUUAGAAGAUCAAAUUGGAUUAAGUCCUGCUCAUAGGCCAGUAGCGGAAAAACCCGUAGAUGAAGGAAAAAUUAUUGAAGUAGACGAAAAAAUUACUACUGUUACUGAAAAGAAUGUGAACGAAACCCUUCAAUUUUUAAAAUAUGAAAGUGAACACAGUGCUCAAGUGCACUUACCUACUCUAGUUUUAAAAGAAUCUGAAAAGGUGACUACCAAUGAAUCUCCAGUAAUAAGUGCUAAAGCAAGACAAUUUAUAGAAACUGUCCCGGAAGAUGAUUCUGUUCAAGAAUGCUUCUUUUCAAAACGAAUUUAUUCAGAUUCACUAGAGGAUUCAGAUCAUACUGAUUCUAGGCGACAUUCUGAAGCGGACUCUUUAAAAUCAGAUCAUUCAGACAUGAAAGCUAAAAUAUCAUCCUCAGAUUUUGACGAGAGAGCAGAAUAUGAAGGUACAGCAGACUCUGGAAGCGGUUUUGGUGACGAAAAAUUUGAAGAAAGCAUAGGUUUUACUUCAAUUAAAAUUGAUCCACAAGUUUUAGAAUCACAAAAGCAAGAUUCUGAUUCAACAUCAACCCAACUUGAUGAUGCGGAAGUCAUAUUUAAAAAAGUGGUACCGAAACGUCAUUCUCGAACUGAAUCCAUUUCAAUUACAAAACUAAGCGAUUUACCGGAUAUAAAAGCUCCUGUUACGAAACAAGAAUUCCAGAUGGUAGUAACCGAAGCUGAAGAAAUAGACAAAUCAUUUGAAAAAGACGAAGCUUCAGAUAAAAUUUCUUCCGAAAGCAGCAGAGAAAUUGAAAUAUCUGAUCGAAAAUCAUCUGAAGGUAUUUCGGACCGAAUAAGUUCAGAAGAUGCUGUCACAGACAAAAAAACUUCUUCUGAAGAAGAACAUAUAAAAGAUGACUUAACACUAGAAAAGGAAAUAACCAAAGACGUUACCAAAAUAAUGCCAGCCGUUUGUAAACAAUUAGAUAGGGUAGACACAACAUCAAAAGAAGAUCUAUUAUAUAAAGGGGAGGCAGACAAACGUCAAUCAGUAACGUCAGUUGGUUCUGUUAGUGAAAUACGUUUAGAUGAAAAACGCCUGUCUGAUGCUCAUAGUUUAACUGAAUCUAGAGAUUACACUUUCGAAGAAUCGGAAGAUGACAUCGGAACACAAGGGACUCAUGUAACGAAAGAAAAAGUAGAAACCAAACAAGAAUCUGAAACUAAAAUUAAAUCAUCAGACAAAAUUACUGAGCCCUCCAAAACCGCAAAAUUAAUUCAUGGUGAUUCAUUGGAUGAUGUUGAAGGUUUUCCCGAAGACCAUGUUGCUGAUUACGUGCACAAAUUACCACAUAUAGCUGAAGUCGGUUCUUUACCGGAUAUACAUGUUACUAAUAGUUUUCUUCAAAGAGAACGUGAAGAACAAUUAAAAAGAGAAACUGUUGAUGAAAAAGUUUUAACAAAAACUGAGAAAAUUGUUGAAGUAACCUCUUCAGCUAAGACUGAUGAAAAAGGAAGUUUAAAAGGUAUACCAAAAUCAAAAGAAGUAGCAGAUAAGUCUUAUAAAGGUGAUAAAGCGACUUCUACUACAGAAUACAGGGUUGGUGAUUCUGGUGAAAAUAUUGCAAUAACGACUGUGACCGAACAUAUUGAUGGGCUGCCAGGUGAAGAAAUAGUACGAACAACUGUAACUGAGACUAUUAAAUAUCCGUCUGGAAGAGAAACUGUAUCCACGAAGGUUUCAGAAAAUGUGCGAGUACAUAGACAACAAAUAAUAAAAUCUGCAGAAGAUUCUACAAAACGCUUAGAUGAAAAAGUACCUUCUGUUAGGUCUAACGAAACGGAUAUCAUCAAAGAUAGUAGUUACGACUCUACUGAAGCAGAAAAUUCACAAAAAUUAACUACGUCAAAAACUGAGACUAAGAUUGGUGAACAAGGCGAAAAUAUAACGGUAGCAACCGUUACAGAGACUUACAAAAACCAAAUUGGUGAAGAAGUAACUAGAGUAACUGUAACUGAAACCACGACUUUCCCUUCAGGAGAAGUAAAAACAUCUACUAAAGUUUCCGAAUCCAUUAAGUCUGUAUCCUCAGUAAAAGAUAAUAGUACUCAAAACAAAGAUCAAAACUAUAAAUUUUCGCCUGACUUAGGUUUACCUCAAGAUCAUAAGCCUUCAAUUACAGUUGAAACUAAUUUUGGGCCUUCCGGUGAAGAAAUUGUUAUAGAGACUGAAACUUUGACGUAUAAAUUACCAACAAACGAAGAAGUCAUAAAAACUACCGUUACUGAAACUACUACAUAUCCAUCUGGGAAAAAAACUAUAUCAAAAAGAACAUCAGAACGUAUUGUUUCAUUCAAAGAAGAAUCAUAUACUACUUUGCCAUCUGAAAUAAGUGAAACUACCUUAGAAGAUACGAUUCACAGUAUGUUGCAUAAAUCAGGUGACCUUGGAGACGAAAAGGAUAUAACUUCAUCCACGGAAACCAAAACUGAAGUGGGACCCAGCGGUGAAGAAAUAAUAAUAACAACGCUCACUGAAACAUCUAAAACUCCUGGAGGGGAUACCAAAGUAAGAGUCACUGUAACUGAAGUUACUAAAUAUCCAUCUGGUGAAGAAACUAUUUCUACAAAGGUAUCUGAGUCAAUGAAAUCAUCGCAAAGUCAUAUAAGUUCCACUAAAGAAUCAAAAACAACAAUUAUUGAUGAAAAACAACUUGAUAGUGAUGCAAAAAAGGUGACAAAAAAGGAUGAAGGAGUAAUUAUGGGAAAAGAUACAACUCAUAAGCUGGUAAUGGAUGAACUAAUAGCUCAUGCUGCGGAAUCACAAGACAAGGUUAAAAAACACGAUGAAAAAGAUAUACAUUCACAUGACAAAAAAACAAUGAAAGUACAAGCAUCUGCUCUUGAACAUGAUGUUGAAAAGGAAAAAAUAGUCACUGUUACAGAAUCAAUCGAUAAAACACCUGGAGUUAAAAUAUCUACAUCGAAAGAUCUAAGCUUAAAAGAAACUCAAGAAAUAACAAAAGAACAAGUGGAACCUGUCAUAGAAGAUAUUUUACAGAAAAGUACGAUUGUCGCAGCAGCUCGAAGUCCUAUAUUAGAAAAAGAUAUCAAAAUAAUUAGCAAAGAAAUACUUGACACUGAAAAAAGAUCCUAUGACGCUAAAGUACCUCAAAAGGAAGAACGUAGGCAUUCUUGUAUUAGUCCUGCAAUUUCACUCGAAAGAAUUGCAGAGGCAGAUACGGAAGAAGAUUUUAAGAUAGAAACUGAAAUAAAAGUAAUUCCUAGAACAGAUGAAACAAAAAUUGAAUUAAAGAAAUCGGAUUCCACUAUGAAACAAAUGGCUGAUAAUAUUGAAAUUAUCAUUAAACAGGCAUCUGAAGAUUUGGAUAUUUCGGAAGAACUUCUAGUAGAAAAAGAAGAUCAAAAGGAUCUACAAGGUGAAGUUUCUGUAGAUUCGAUUAUUGAAGAAGCCGUUCAUACUGUAGAGGGCUAUUUAGACAAAACUACAGAUAUUAAAUCUGAUAUUACUGAUACUGAACUUGAAGUAAUUAUCUCUGAAGAUACAAAAGUAACAAAGGAAAGACCAGGUUUAAUAAAAUCACUUUCUAGAGACAGUGGCGAAAUUGUUAUAAUGCCCAAGAAAAAACAAGUAAGAACUUUUUCAGUUCAAAGUUCACCGGACGAAGUUGAAGAACAAAUAUAUACAGAUUCGGAGUCAGACAUGGACAAAGCUAAGGUAUUGGAAAUAAUUGAACCAUCUUCGGAUAUCGACGGGAAACUUCCGACAUCUAGUUUUGAUAUUAAAAAAAUUCGGACGGAUUCACUUGAUGAUGCUGACGAUUUUCCAGAAAAAGAGGCCGAGUUUUUUGAAGAAGACACUAAAUAUGCAGAAGUAUCGCUUACCACUUCUGAUUUGAAACAUAAAGAAUUCAAUGAUGUAACUGGCUCAACUUCACUUACGCAACAAGAAUUCGAUAAUAAUAAGUUAGAAGAUAAAUUUGUUAAAAAGACUAACUUUGUAGACAGUAUUUUGCGCUCUGAUUUAGUAUCAAAAUCAACAACUGAAUCAUCAGUCACAACAGUAAUAUCAACGUUAACAAAAUCAUCAGAUGAUGAACCGAAGUCAGUUGUAGAAGAUGGAACAUCAGCUGAUUUGUCUAAAAUCAGUGGAGCUGACUUAGCCAAAGAUUUGUCCAAAACAUCGAUAGAUACUAAAGAUGAAUCUAGGACUGAAGAUCAAACGGAAGAUCGAGGCACUCCUGAUUUAUCAAAAAAGUCUAUUGAUUUAACGAAAGAUUAUUCCAAGUCAUCUAUAGACAGCAAAGACACCUCUCGUGAUUUUGCCACAAACGAACUAUCUAAAGACUCGACAGUCGAUUUAACUAAAGAUUUCUCAAAAGUAUCAAUAGAUAGUGUCAAAGAAACUUCAAGAUCAAUUGAUGAAAAAACAUUUUCUGAAGAACAUUCGUCGUUUGAUGUUUCUAAGACUUUAGCAUCAGACGCUUCUGACGCUAUUACAAAAAGUAGAGAGUUUUUAGAAGAAGAAAGAUCUCUUUCGAGAAUGAUUCAUACCUCGACUAGUUCCUCGCAAGGGACGUCAGUAAUGACGGAAAGUAAGGUAUUUAGUGAACUGGACGACAAAUCUUUAGAGAAAGGAAAGUUAUCGCAAAAAGUAGACGGAAGUAUCAGAGACGGUGAUACAAGAGAAAUUAAACAGAAAUUUGAUGAUUCACUAGUAGAAACCAAAAAGAUUACUUUUAGAGAUGACGCUCAAGAAAUUGACAUAACUGGAGACGAAAAAAGUGAAAAAGAAGAUGAAAUUGAAGCCCCAGAUAUGUCAGAGUUGAAUAGAAGAUGUUCAAAUUUGCUGGAAGACAUUUCUUCGCAAGGUGCUUUAAUCAGAAUUGAUUCUAGUCAUGUAACUCACGACCUUUCUUCGAAAUUUUCCAAAACCCCACCACCAUCGCCUGUAGAUUUAAUAAUGAAGGAAAGAGCAAAGGCCGAAGAAAGUGUUUCUGAAAAACAAAUUGGAUUACAACCUAAGGGUUCCGAAUCAUCAUUCCUUGAUGCGAGUAGGCAAUCACCAAGAGCUUCGUCAGCUGGAGACAGCUUUAUUAGUGAAACAGAGGCACAUCAAAGUGAGUUAUUAACUGAAGCAUCAAAAGCCUUAAGCGCUGCUCCAAGACCUAAAUCACCAACAAAGCACGUAGCCGAUAACUUAUCAUUCAUUAACGUUGACAAACCAACAAUAACUACUGGGGCUAUUGAGCUUGUUGAUCGAACAAUCGAAAAAAGCAUGGAUGUAAUCGAUCAAAUUAAAAGAGAAAUGCAAGAAGAGACAGAAAAAUCUACUUCUUCAGACACUUUUUACUCAGAAUCUAGAAUUGAAACUUCUACGUCGUCGUCAUCAGUGCAUAAAACUGUCGAAGGGUCCCAACUAAAGUUUACAAGUAUAGAUCCUGAGGCUGUUAUGUCGGACAUGAUUGCUAAGUUUGGAACUACUUGUGAAUACAGCACAGUACUUUCACAUAAAGAAACAGAAACAAGAAAAAUAUCAGGUCAAGAAUAUUUCUCUGAAACUAAGCAAGUAUCAUCAUCCGAUGAUGAUUCUCUUAUUAUUAAGACUGAAACAAGUCAUGAGUUGCGAGGUCAAGAACAUGAAGUUAAGGAAAAGAUGACAGUUAAAAGAGAUGGUGAACAAACUGAAACGUCUCAAAAGAAAAUGGAGAAGGCUCAUGAAGCGACAGCGAAGAGAUCUGAUAUCGAAACAAAAACUGUUUCUAAAAGUAAUGAUGACACAGAUAUAGUAAAAGUGGAAAGGGAAUUCUCUGAGCAAGGUCUGUACUCUGGAAGGCAAACUAAAUCUGAGGAGAGAAUGACUGCUAUCAAAGAUGAAACAAUUAAGAAAAAGCAGGAGGUGAAAAUAUCAGAAAGAGAUUUGUGCCAUGAACAAUGGGGUAAGGAAUAUUUCACUGAACCAGGAGAAUUAGAAGACGUUAAGGACGACGAUGAAUCAAAAACAGCAUUUUUAGAAUCUAACUUAAAAAUUGUUGAAAAGGAUGAAAGGGUUUCAAGUGUUGAAGUAUCUGAAAAAGGUCAAGUCGUAAGCUCAAAAGUUGAACAUCACAAAGAAGAAUCAAUUAUUGAAAGUAAGGAACAUGACGAUCUAAGUUCUGAUGCUUCUCAUGUACCAAGCUUUAAAAGCGAAGCUACUGAUAGACGUGGCUCUACUGAAACUAGUCCUAAAAGUAAGUCUAAAUCUUUUAAAAAGGAUGACGAAGUGUACGAAGUCGAUUUCAUAAAGGAAAUUAAAGUUUCAACAUCGCCAGUCAAAAGUACAUUUAGUCGUACUGGAAGUCAAGAUACACACUCAGAAUCCGAGGUUGUACCAGAAUUGCCACAUGAUGACAAAAUAAACGACACUCCAAAAAAAGAUAAAUUAACCAAAUCUCCAGUUAAAUUACCCCUUCAAUCCCAAGAUUUGGUAUUAGAAGUAUCCGUUUGUAAAGAUGGUGUUAGCAUUACUAAUGACUUAUCACAAGAAAAACUUAUUGAUUCAACAUCUACGGCUACACCACACUCGCCUAAGGACAGUGUUGAUGAAGUUAAAGUAAUUGAUACCAAAAUUGACAGCAGUGUAAAAACUACAAAAACCUGUGACACAUCUCCUGGUACUUUUGAAAUUUCUGAUGAAAUAAGUAUGACGUCUAAAGAUGUUAUGAUGAAAUCAGGUGAGAGUAUUGAUACUGAAUACAUGCUAAAAUCUUUAGAGUUACAUGAAGGUGAAGUUUUACAAAAAUCAAUGGAUUCAACAGUUAGUGCCGAAACAUUACAUGCCUCAGAAUUUUCAACGGAAGCAGAUUCAGCAUUUCUUACGGGAACGGAACACAAACGAGAAGAAAUUAGGUUAAUUAAAGAAAAAAGCACGGAAGAUAUUUGUAGUAGUGGUUAUGAUACUGAUUUCUCCUCUGCCGAGUUUCAUGGAAUGAAACUUGAGUCUGAAAGGGUUACUUUGGAUUCAUUGAUAUCUGCUCAGCCUCUUGCUGACUUAUCAGUUUUAGAAAAAACUAUAGAUGAAGUUAAGCAGUCUCUCGAAGCAGCGCAAGUUGAAAUAAUAAGUGAAAAGAAUGAUGGAAGUAUUAAAUAUAAACAAUCUCCAUCUGAAUUUCAGUUUAAAAUUUUAAUUAGCCCAGAUAUGCCUGAAGUGAUCAAGGAAGAACCUCAUCAUGCUGAUGAUCAUACUGAUAGGACUGUUGUGAAAAAUAAGGAAGAUCAACUAAUAGAUAGCCAGAAAUCAGAUAGCUUAUCUCAUAAGAUAAGCUCACAAGAAGAAGAAACGUUUUCAGACGAUGAUAGAGAAACAAUUCACCAUAAAGAGUCUAGUCCACCUUUAGAAGGAGAUAUAUCGAUAAAAUCUGAUAGUGGUCCUCAUUCUAUAUUAGAAACUGAGAGUGAUCUCGUUUUAUCUGACAGAAAUAGUUCAUCCAAAGGUAGCCCUGAAGUAAAGCUCCGAGCUCAAAAGUACGUUAAAUCACAAUUAGGCGUUGUAGAAAGAAGAUCUGCAUCAGAAAUAGAAGGAUGGUCUAGUUCAGGUGAGAGUCACUAUCAUAGUUUUGAACACUCUGAAAGCAGACCACUCUCAUCGGAUGUUGAAGUUAUGAUGACAGCUCAAAGUGGUACAGAAUAUGAAACGGCACUUACUAGUCAUGAUGUUUCGUCUCAGUCAUUAAGAACGUCGAAAGACUACUUCACCGCUGGUAGUUCACUUGCUUCAAGAGAUAGCAUGAAAAGUCUUGAUUCAGAUGGUUCGAGUCAUGUAGCAAGUAUAGACAUUUCAGAUGCUUCUGAAACACUGGUUCCAUCUGCAAAUGAGUUAAAAGAAGAAUUAAUGGAAAGCAGUACUUAUGUUGAACAAUUUCUUCAUGAACCCGAAAAAGGGCAAGUAUCAAAGGUAAAAGAAACAAGUGAUGAAGAAAUAUCGGGUGAAGAUGAUGAAUAUAAAACAGAUAAAGUUGAACUUGUAGGUAAGAUGAAAAGAUCUCAUGAAAUGCGAUUUCAGCCAAGAGAAAUGAUUCCCGAACAUUUUCCAUUUGAAGCUACUUCCGAAAGUACUGAAUUCGAAGAUGAUUCCUUAAAAGAUAAAGAAUGUUCGGAUACAACUAUAUCCAGUCAACUUAAAACAGAUGAAAUUCUAUCCUCAUCGAUUUCAAAAAUUGAUAUUUUGUCACCUCAAUCUCAAUUCGAUUUAGAUAAAGAUGAUACACAAGAAGUUGUUACCAAAGUGUCCGUGCAUAGUGAACAUGCAGUACCAUUUUCUAUUACAAAAAUUGAAAAACAACAAAGAGAAUUUGUUGAUAUUGAAAGUGAAAUCAUUCCUGUAGGCUCGGCAGAGUAUGAAGAAAUUGAGAAAUUUGGUAGUACAACCACAAAAAAAGACAAAUUAUUACAAGAUGAUACGCCGAUAGUAAAAACUGUCGUAAAAAAGGAUGAAACCUUGCCUUCAAGUUCUAUUUCAGAAAUUUUAGAAGAAGUGCAAGAAGAAUGUAUUAAAAAAACUGUUACAGAAAUAAGUGCGAUACCUUUUCCUCUUACGGAGAAACCACCUAGUCAAAGAGAGUUCGUAGAUGUUGAAGACGAUAUAAUUCCCGUAGGUACAAAACAGUACGAAGAAAUAUUGAAAUCAAAAAGUGAUUCAUCCGUUCCUAAAACAAAAAUAGAGAAAUCGGGUUUGAGAACUCCAGAAGACCAUUUAGAAAGCAAGCAAAGCUCAACAACAAGCUUAAAAUCUCAUGAGCAUAUCUCUACACCACAUACACCUUUAUCUGCACCAAGUCAAAGUUCCCUUUCUACAGAUAAUGGACGGGAGUAUAUCCUUGAUGAUAUGUAUGAUAUUUCAGAAACUCCAGAACUAAAAUCGGAACUUAUGACUGAAACAAGCAGAUCUGAACUCAUCAUUACUACUGAGGAGAAGACCUUACAUACAUAUGAGAAAGAACAGGAAUCUCCGACUAGUGACGAAUUUGAAAUGGUUGAUAAACCUAGUGAAAUGGACGAUUUUGUUGUUAUCGAAGAAGUUGCGAAAGAAGCUCAAGAAACCGAUCCUGAAGGUAAAAGUAUGCAAAUAAAAGCACAAAAAUAUAUAAAACGCCAUGACACAGAGGUUGAAGAAUAUUUGUCGAAAACAUCAAAAAAACAAGAAAGCGUCAGUAGUGCUUCCGGAUCAGGAUCACUAUCAGAUGAAGAAAUUUUACAAUACGAGUUAGAACAAAAGCGAUUGCAAGCUCAAGAACUAGCUGAAAUUGAAGCAGGUAAGCGCUGGAUACAAAUGCAGUUUGAGGGAGAUCCUAGGUAUGACUAUGAAAGGAUUCCUUUAGAGGAUAUUAAAGAGGAAGAAAUGACAGAUUUUGAUGCCAGUCGAAUUGGGAGCUUGAGUUCUCAGAAAGAAUCAAUUGGAAGUUAUGGCAGUUUUAGGAAUUCCUAUGGAAGCCUUUCUGAGUCAGAAAUGGCCUCACGUAUGAGAUUUAGAUUAAAAGGCGACAAUGAUGAUAUAUCUAUUAGUUCCUUACAGGAAUUCGAAAACCUCGAAAGAGCUUUAAUGGAACAAUACCAACAACAUUCUUCAUCAUCUCAAGAUUCCUUAAAUGGAUCUUUACCUCGCCGAUACAUUUUAAGUAAAAGUCAAGGGGAUGAUAUAUCUGUAUCAAGCCUUAAAGAAUUUGAAGGCCUCGAAACUGCUUGCCUUGAAGCUUUAAAGGCUGAGUUAUUAGCAAAACAAAAGGAAGCUUUAUUACUAGCAGACCCCAAAGUUGUUAGUAGCAGUUUCUUAGAACAAGAGAAACGAUCUUAUGAUAGUAGUUCUGAAAGUAGCCCUCCAUUUAAGAGUGGGAGUCCUGGACAUAAAAGUGGCAGUCCAUCUCAAAAAAGUGGUAGCCCUUCACAGAAAAGUGGCAGUCCGUCACAAAAAGUAGGAAGUUACGGUAGUCCAUCGCAAAAACUUUUAGCUGAUUCGGUGGCAAUCCGAAAAAUUAUUGAUCAACAAUUGGCUUUAGAACAAAAAAUGCAAGAAUUUCGGCCGAAAAUUGUAACAGUAAAAAAAUUCGAUGAAAGAGGAUCAUUUUUUGUACCUGAACCGGAACCUGGAAAAUCAGAACUUAAAACCACCGAAGUAGUUGAAGAAUGUAAAAAAACCUCGUCUUUCGUUUGCGCGGCAGCCCCUAGCGAUGGUUCUGCAGAAUCCAUUCCAGGAGAUUGUGAAGAAAUGAUGAAACUUUUAGACCAAGAGGAACAGUCUACAAAAGAAGAAGAACAAAAGCCAACUUCUACCUCAACAUCUGCGGGCGGUGUUAUAGAACUUGUACGAACUAAAACAGUUAUUCAACAAAAGUUUGUAGAUGGAAAGAAGGUAUCCGAAACUAUAACAAGCCUUGAUAAUGAAGGAGGUAUAGAUAUACCAGCGAGAUCUAAACCUUAUGAUGAAAGUGGUAUGUCUAUGAGUUCUGAAAUGUCUUCUUCGUUAGCCUCACAGCCCUCAGAAAUGGACAGUUUAAUGACUAUAAUUGAAAGACAGCCAUCAGAAAGUGAAGUGGUAACUUUUUCUAAGCAAACUGUAAUUACGUCUUCUGAGAGAUUUGAAGAUAAACCCGACGAUUUGGAUUUCUCAAGAGAAGGAAGUGCAGUCCGUGAGCUGUCACCCUCCUCUGGGAGGUCGGUGGCUCACAGUAUUAUCUCUGGAAAACAUUUCACAGAUCCAGCUAGCGGUUCUUGGAGUUGUCAAGACGAAGAGUUAAGUUCGUCAGGAAGUUUCAGUCGAGCUCGUGCUGAUCUAAUGCUAGGCAGUACGGAUAGCCUAGAAGCGACAAGUUCGAACGCUACGAGAGCAACGUAUAACUAUGAAGUGGAUACUCCUAUGACUGGUAGCCUUACUUCUGGAGCGCGCCCUCCAGGGUCGAACACCAUGGUGUCCUCGCUUGACACUUUGGAUCCUGUGACGGCUGUACAGAUGGAAAGCUUAGAACACCAGUCUACUAGUGAACACUAUUCUCAAGAUUAUGAAGUACAUGAACCAGAUUCUGACACAGAAAGACUGGAAUUAGACAGUCGCGUCCCUCGAGCAAAGGAACGCACAAUAAUGUUUGAUAGUACAGACACUUUAAGCGCCGUUAGUGGAGAUGGCUCCGUUAAAGAGGCUACUGUUGAAGCACCAGCUGCUACUUUCUACAUUGGAGAUACACCGAUCGUCCGAGGAGAUAGAAAAGAGGAUGACGAGAAGGAAGAAAGCCAGCCAUCUACGCUAUCUGGUAGUUGUCCAGCGUCCCUACCACCUGCUACUCAACCACCGGCUCCAAUACCCGCACAGCGAAGGUCACUUUCAAUAAUUCCGAAGCCAACGCGAUCAAGCUUAGACGACUCGAAAAAGUAG